AUGGAUAACAUACUUCCUGGUGCGCGUAGGAACUAUGAGUUCAAGAAUUGGGCAGGAAUCUACUCAGCCAAGCCUCAGUUGUAUUUCCAACCUUCGUCGAUAGAAGAAGUUGUCAAAGUUGUUAAUGCUGCUAGAAGACUGAACAAAACGAUUGUAACUGUAGGUUCAGGCCAUUCGCCCAGUGAUAUGUGUAUUACUAAGGAAUGGCUCAUGAACCUUGACAAAAUGAAGAAAGUUCAUAGUUUGGUGAAGAAUGAUGGCGAAGCAUUUGCUGAUGUUACUGUCGACGCUGGUUUGCGGAUUUUCGAGUUGAGCGAGUACUUGCACGAACAAGGAUACGAUAUUCAAAAUCUGGGGUCUAUAUCAGAGCAAAGUGUUGGCGGAAUUAUCUCUACAGGAACGCAUGGGUCGUCUGCAUUUCAUGGUCUGGUGUCGUCUCAAUACGUCAAUUUAACAUUGGUCAACGGACUUGGAGAAGUUGUAUUUCUAGACUCUGAAACCAAGCCUGAAGUGUUCAAAGCGGCCAUGCUUUCGUUGGGCAAAAUCGGUAUUAUUGUACGGGCCACGAUCAGAGUUGUGCCAUCUUUCAAGAUCAAAUCCACAAUGGAAGUGGUCAAUUUCGACACACUACUAAGACAAUGGGACACCGUCUGGACGUCGAGUGAGUUUAUAAGAUGCUGGUGGUUCCCUUAUACCAGCAAAUGCAUCUUGUGGAGGGGUGUGAAGACUAGUGAUACUGCCGUAAUCAAAACCAGAAAGUCGUGGUGGGGUACUACGAUAGGACGUCGUUUCUACGAGCUUUGCUUAUGGAUUUCAGUCAACGUUUACACACCUUUCACACCGAUUGUAGAGAGGUUUGUUUUCCGCAAACAAUACGGUAACGUGGAAACCUUGGGGUCCGGUGAAGUUGAAAUCCAGAAGUCUGUCGACGGUCUCAACAUGGACUGCCUAUUCUCGCAGUUUGUUGACGAAUGGGGGUGUCCGUUAAGUAAUGGGCCCGAAGUGCUAUGUUCUUUGGAUCGUUCUAUCGCUCAGGCCGCAGAAAACAGAGAAUUUUACGUCCACGCUCCCAUCGAAGUGCGUUGUUCUAACACCAAUUUACCAGAGAAGAUACCGGACUAUAGUGGUCGGACUGAAGUGAGUCGCGGUGCAGUGUACGGUAACGUGCUGCGUCCUUACUUGGAUGCUACUCCUCGCAAUCUACGUUAUGUUCCACACGAAGACGUUACCAACAGCCAACUCACAUUAUACAUCAACGCUACGAUCUAUAGACCAUUUGGUAGCAACACUCCGGUCCACAAAUGGUUCACAUUGUUCGAGCAAACACUGGCGGCCGCUGGCGGUAAACCUCAUUGGGCUAAGAAUUUCUUAGGAUCUACGGAUAUGGCUGCUGGCCCUACAAAAGCUGAGCACAGCUACGAGGACUAUGAAAUGAGAGGAAUGGCUUCUAAGAUCACCGAAUGGUACGGCGAUGACCUUGUGACGUUCCAAAAAAUUAGACGUCAGCAGGAUCCUGAAAAUGUCUUUUUGGCUAACACUGAUUGGGCUAUAAAAAACGGAAUCGUCGAUGUUAACGAAAUACAGUGA